AUGAAGAGAUUUGUGCUUACGGGCCUUUUAUUGUUACAAGCAGUUUCAGGGACAAAAUUUUUGUUUGUUUCCGAAUGCGAAGCUUUUGAACGGAAACUUUGGUACAAUGUCGUUGCGCCUCCAUGGGGUGACUGUAAGAAACGAGAUCUAUCCAACGAGCCGCUAAAACCAAGCAUGUUCAAAGAAGGAAGGUGCGAUUGCCAGAAUGGUGGUCAAUGCCGAAUGCUGCCCAAUUUCAUCGACCGAAGAAAAGAAAAAAGAAUGAAUGGUCGAUACGUUUUUUCAUUCUGCGUUUGUAAAAAGCACUGGGGAGGGGACAACUGCGAGAAGCAAAUCAGGCAUUAUAGCGAGCGAGAACUUCCCGAUGACGUGAAAAAAGCGAGAGCGGCGAAGCAGUUUCCUAACAAAAUUCGCCAUCUUCUCGCGACCCACUGCCAAGCAUAUCAGUAUCAGCUGCAGAAGGGAAUCAAAGCACCAACCUGGGGCAAUUGCAAAGAGAAUGAUCUCUCAAAGGCACCGAUAAAAGUGGAGGAAUUCAAAAAGGGCGACUGCCGGGAUCUCAAAUACUGUAGCAAAAAUGGCCAGUGCGCAUCUGUUCCGAAUUGGUUCGACAAGGAACGAGCUUUGGAUCAAAAAACUGUCUUCGUGUUUUGCAAGUGCGAUCAUGGAUUUGGAGGCGAUGAUUGCUCGAAAAAGAUGACGAAUACUUAUUCAGAAAAGAGAGUUCGGGAGACAGAAUACUACAUCCUCAAUCAAUGCCAAGCUCAUCAUUACCCUCUCCAGUUUUUCAAAGAUCAUCGACCUUCUGGCUGCCCACCGUUCGAUCCUUCGAAACCGGCAAAUGACAAGAGGUUCUUCCGAAGAGGCGCUUGUUACAAUAUUCCAAAAUGCUCGCAAAAUGGAAAAUGCUUCAUGGAGGCGAUCAGGGAGGAAGGAAUCACUCAGCCGACAAUGGUCUUCAGCAUCUGCAAAUGCAAUGAUGGUUGGUAUGGAACCGAGUGCGAGAAUUCCUUCGAUGAGAAACAAGCGUCAAAGAGAAACACUGUACCACCAACAACACCGCCUACUGAAAAGGAAACCAAACCACGAGACCAGACCACGGCCCCUACAGUCAAAAAAACUACACCCAAGACUUACAUGCGUCCCAGGUCAAGUCGAAAACGACCUUACUUCGCAUCGCCAAAAAGAAGGCCGUCGAUGUCUGGAUCCAACAAUAAGCCCUUUUCCUCUUCCAGAAGACAGUCAUCUUCACCAAGACAAGGAAACAAUGCACAACCAACAGAAGCUCCAACUAAAAAACAGGCCAAACCAAAAGACCAAUCGACGGCCCCAACAGUGAGGAGAGGUACACCCAAGACCCAGUACUCAAAUCCAAGUUUCGAUGGAGCCUCCUUGAGGGAGUUAGGAAAAGAGGGAAAGAUGCAGUUUAACGUGCAGCAAAACGCUGUUGCACCUCAGUCUCAACCGGAUUAUUUACAAACGAGCCCAGGACAACCAAAUCAAGCUCUUUCGAAUCAUUCCUUCAUGCAACCUCCAUCAAACCCCGUCCAAGAAUCGAAAAAGAAUAAUUCGGUUCUUUACAGUAUCCUCAUAUUUUUGUUCCUCUGUGUCUGCGGCCUACUUGUGGCCGUUAUUGUCAUGGGAAAUCAAUUGGCUGCAAUCUUGAGUGGUCAAACAACUACAAGUUCAACAACGACAACAAUAGAAACGACAACAACGUCGCCUUAUGAAGCUGAUAUUUGCUCUGGCGCUAACGAGGUCACUGUUGCUUCAAGUUUGGACAUCAAAUCUUCAAAUUACCCGAGCGACUAUGAUGACGACACUGAUUGUACCAAGGUCUUUCACGCUUCAAGCAACGGACUAACGUUUGAAUUUAUCGAUUUCUACACUGAAUCUAGUUACGAUUUCCUCACCUUCUUGGACAUGGACGGAAAUGUUCUUGAAACACUUGAUGGUUUUCAAACAAACUAUGGUCCGAUCUCGUUCGAACUCUCAUCAGUUCAAGUAAAUUUUUAUUCCGACUUUAUGGUCACCCAAUCUGGUUUUCACAUCCAAGUCAACGACGGAUUCGAUCCUGCAUUUACUCCACCACCACCAGUUCCGCCAGUUCCCAUUCAAGGUGGCUUGACCUGCCCCGAUCCCUUUAAUCCACCUUCGAUCACAAGCUCUCGGAUUGUUGGAGGUCAAGAUGCGGUCCAAGGAAAUUGGCCAUGGAUCGCUCAUCUUGGUGGUUGUGGAGCAACGAUUUUGACGAAAAAGGCAGAUGGGACCGGCCAUUGUUGUGGCUAUUUUAGCUCAGUCGACAUUGGCAAGCACAGCGAAUCCGACGCCAACUACUUCACCGUACCAAUUUUGGACUACCAAAUCCAUCCUCAAUACAACGACUAUACGAUUUCUCACGAUUACUGUAUUCUCAUCGUUCCCAAUUUGAUCAAUAACGCAAGCCCUGGUGCGGUUUAUGAACCCGCUUGCUUACCCGACAGCUAUUUCGGUCAGGGAAAACAGUGCAACGUUGCUGGAUGGGGCACCAUGAACUUUGGCGACUUCUAUGGCUCCGAUACACUUCAAGAUGUCGAUAUUACGCUUAUGUCGCAGGACUAUUGCGUGGCCAACAGCUAUAUGGAAGAUUCGUUCUUGGACGAGUCCAUGUUCUGCGCUGGAACUCUUGACAAUGAUGAAUAUCUCGACUUGGAGCCUGGAUAUGACUUCCUUUACAUGAAUAAUAACGCCCAAUCAUCCAUCGUCAACAAACUUGUGAGCAUCGACCAAAACAAUGUUGACUUGCGAUUCACAUCUGACUACAGUAUUUCGAGCUUUAGUGGACUUCAGAUGACCGUCAUGCUUGGAGACUACGAUAACGAAUGCGACAUCACUGUGUCCAGAUCCCUCGAAAACGCACGCAAGCCAAAAUCAUUGAAGAAACGAAAAACCAAUGUUCAAUAA